AUGCAACAAACAACCAACCAACCAUCGCCUACAACACAACCAUCAAUUCAAGUGGAAGCGGGAAGUAGUAAGAAAGGGAAAAGGAAAGGGAAAUCAAUAGCGGUAGAAACAGAAAAUGCAGACGUUCCACAAUGGUGGACACUGGAGGAGGAAUACGCUUUGACGGCGGCUUGGUGUGCUACUUCAAAAAACGAACUUCGCGGAAAUGGAAUGAAAAAAAUGAGCUUAUUGGGGGGCGGUGCUCGCAAAUGGGGUAUGAUAACUAAGCGGUUCAGCAAAUUCAACGAUAUUUACAACCGGCUUGAGGCGCAACAACAAAGCGGAACCAACGACUUCGAUUUGUUCAAAUCUGCUAAGGAACAAUAUCGGGUCGAAAUGGGUCAUGUUUUCGACUUUGAAAAAUCAUGGGAAUUGUUGCGAGCGGAUCCAAAGUGGAAUAAAAUGCCUACAUCGUCGGAGGUUCGAUCCAAAAUGUCUCGCAAUUCUAGCCCGGUCGACGUGUCGGACGCACGGACUAACAUUAGCCUAAACGCCGAUGACGAUGAGAUCCCGGAUGAUAUCCAAGAGAUAUCCCCACCACGACGACCGCCCGGACGCGACAAAGCGAGGCGCGCUGCAAGACAUGCGGAGGAGGUGGAGACGAGAGCAAAAGAUACGGUGGAAAUGAGAGCGAAAUUCGACGAGCACAAUUUAUUAAUAAAAGAAAAAAAUGACUUGAAACGUCGUCAUUUGGAGUUUCUGGAAAGGCAGACACGGGAGAAGCAGAAGCAAAAAGAGAGUGAACUAAUGACACAUCAGUUGUCAAUUCUUCGGACAAACGAGGAGGGUUUAACUCCUACUGAUCUAGCGGUGCUACAAGCGAUGAAGGAACAAAUUAGAAAAAAAUAUUUGGGUUAA